CCCCCUCUGCUCCUCCCCGCGCAGGCCGUGGCCAUCGUCUGUGGCUUCCUCCUGGUGGUCCUGCUUUGCGUCAUCUGCUUCUUCGCCCACAAGACGCGCCAUAAGAUCUGGCAGUUUGGCAAGCAGAACAUCUACUGGGACCGCCCCCCAGCGCUGGAGGGGGGCCCCAACGUGGAGGAAUGGGUGAAGAACGUGGAUGGCCGAGCCAGCCCCACCGACACGGCCACCCUGGCCUACUCGGAGAAGCCCACCAGCCCCGUCCACGCCCCCGCCAGCCCCCCCAGCUACACCGAGAAGGAUGGCUUCUCCAGGGCGGAUGGCCGGAUCAGCUCUCCCUUCCAGCCCCCCCUGGACAAGCGCGCCCGGACGCUGAGCUCCAGCACCUGGGAGGAGCCCCCCCGGAAGGCCCCCGCCCAGAGGAGCCGGAGGGCUCGCCGGGGGAACCCCGACCCGGAGGAGGCCCCCUACGAGACGGACUACACCACGGCCGUAGAGUCCAGCGACGAGCAGGAGCCGGACGAGUGGGACAGCCAUUACCCGCCCAUCAUGUCCGACGAUGCCCGCCAGAGGUACAAGCAAGAUUUUGACACUGACCUCAAGCGCUACAAGCGGCUCUGUGGCGAGAUGGACGCCAUCAACGACCAGAUCAACCAGCUCAGCAGGCAGCUGGACCAGUUGCCGGAGGACACGCUCCAGUACCAGGGCGUGGCAGAGGAGUACAACCGCCUG